GUUCGAUGAGAUGCUUGGCCUUGAUCAACAGAGGAGAGAGGACUUCACAACUGGAGGAAACAAAACAUUAAACUUUAGAAUCGAGUCUUGUGAGUUCCUUAGUGCUGCCAAGUACUACAUCACAUGACAGUUAGAUGAAUAUAAUGAGAAGAAGAGAACUGAGCUAUCUGAUGAGCUGACUAAUCCAUUGUUCAUAUCUAAUAAUUUUACCUUUCCUCUUCCUACAGGAAAGAUCGAAAUGUGGCAGAGAUGUGUAUUCGGCCUUUAUAUGAUCAUUAAAAAUAAGUAUAAUUACAAAAAUGAAGCUAAAUGAGUUGGAGAAACAGUGUUAGAUUUAGGUCAAUUAGCCACAUUGAUCAACUCUCCUGAUAAUUUAGGAGUAAAGCAAUCUCUCUCAUUUACUAAACACCAUCAAGGAGAGGAGCUCCAAGUUGGACGAUUCAACAUUACAAUUUCUAUCGAAAAUGAUUACUCAAAGGCCAGAGGGCAGGAAGGAUCCUACUUUAAUGGAGCUAUUGAUGAACCAAUCGAAGCAACUAGCAUGGUCCAUCAUAUGCCACCUGAAAAAGAAGAUUAUGUAUGGAGACUUCGGAUUGAUUUGAGAUGUUGAAUUGAUGCUCCAAUGAAUAUAGCAAAUGCAACCAAACUUCCUUCUUGUUAUGCGGAAUUUGGAUGGUCUAAGGAUGCUCAUACAAAUCCUUCUGCAGAGGACAGAAUGCUUUCUCUGCUCAUACCUCAAGAGAGACAUCCUCACUGGAAUCAGCAGCUAUUAUACCAUAACCCUGCUCAAAGUACAGAAAGAGAUGGGUUCUUUUGGAUUACUCUCUAUGACAGAGAUAAUAAUUAAAAUCCAUUCGAAUAUUUUUACAUCCCAAUGAAAUUCUUCCAGCAAUUCAAGCCAGCACACUUGCAGAUCCAAUGAGAGCCAAAUGAUUUUGCUUCCCAACCUACUCUGUUCAUCUCUCUAACUUUAGAAGAAGAGAUUGAAAGUUUUGUUGACACGCCUUGCACAGUUGCCCUUAGAUGGAUCGACUUCGAUCCUCUUCCUCUAAAAACGAGGAACUUCUGAGUUAUCAUGACAACCGACGAUAAAGCUCCAGAGAAUGACCCCUUCAUCAAAGUUGAUCUUCGUGAAGAACAAGCGAUUGCAAGAGCAUUCAAAUUUACGAAUGAUUUUAGCAACGAGAUGUUCAUCAGCCCUUGGUAUAGAAUGCCACCAGAUCCAAUUAAGAAUAAAUUCAGCUCAUUAUGAUAUUUCCUUGUCCCAAAAUCGUACCUUGAUAAAAAUGUUCGGUUCUUUGUGGUUGUCAAAGAUGAUAAUAAAGUAUCAACACAUGGAAUGCCUAACCUUGUAGUUGGGACAACUGAUAUAGCUGACCAAGAACUGAGAAGAAGUUUGUAUUCUACAGACCAUGACUAUUACACCUUCCCAGUUAAUUAUUUCCCUGACUUAACCAUUGUGAAACAUCUUGUUAUGUCAAAGUGCAAAAUUGACGUCUCUUGCCACCCAAUUGAGGUAGUAGACAAGCUUAUCCUAGACACAAGAGGUCAAAGCAGAGUAAGAUCCCGAAAAGUCAGAAGGCCAGAUCACUUAGAUAUCUACGAUGAAAAAGAUAGAUGGCAGUUACUUUCAAAAGAUGUUGCUCAAAAGCAAGAGCUAAUCCAUAGAAUCAUGAAAGAUAAUAAUGAAAGAUCCCUUAAGUUGAGAGAAACUGGUAAGGAAGUCCUUGACCUCCGUAAACAGCUCAAGCUCCUUAAAGUUGAGAACUUUAAUAUUGCAAAGAAGGUGGAAACUUUGAAGGAAAUUGACAGUAAGAGUAUGAUCACUGCAGACAUUAAGGAUAUGCACUACGCUGAUGUUAAAAAUAAGCUUCUUAAACUAGCCCAAGCCUAUAACACUGAGAAAAUGAGAAACAACGACUAUGAAACCAAGCUACGUAAAGCUCAUAAGAUGGAAGAAAAGCUUCUAUUGUAUGAAAAAGAUCAUUCUGACAAAGCUGAAAGGCUACUUCAGCAACAAAGCGAGCUUAAAAAGGCAAGUGUGUACAAUGACACUAUCAAAAAGCAAGAAGUAAUCAUUUCGAAACUUCAGAAAAUAUACGAGAAAAUCAUCAUUGAUAAUAAAAGAGCUGAAGAUGGAGCCUCAGAACUUGAAUAUCUCAAAGACGAUAUCAAGAGACUUCAAGUAAAGGUAAAAGAACUCUCAUUCGGAGAAAUGCAUGAGAAUUCAGAGCUAGAAAGACUAAGAAAAGAAGUUUACCAAUUAGAGCAUCUUCUUAUUGAACUCAAUGGAGAACGUAUGACCCAGAACGCUCAAAAGUCUAAGAUAGAUGACUAUGAAGAGGAUAAAAUUGAGCACGAAGUUCAUCUCCAAAAAGCUAGAGCAAGGUGCGAAGCAGUCGAGACUGAACUAAAGCACGAAAGCACCAGAUUUGCACAAGAAAUCGCUCAACUCGAAACAAUCCUGGCCGAAAAGAACGCUACUCUCGAAAACAUGACAUUCCCAAACAGAGACGUGAACAGAUAUUCCCCUGGCAAAAAGCCCUACUAG